AUGCGGAACAAAAUCCUUAUGAAUGCAGUGAUACUUUCACUAUUAUUUAUGUGUACAUUGGCAUCGGUGGAAGAGGCAACAACGGUUGUGAAUAGUUUCCUGCGGCACAUACGGGCCAAGAAAUCGAGUGAAGUUGCUGCUCUUCUUGUAGACGAACCUGUAAUCUAUUUGCCAGAAGACGGUUCGUCGAUCGACAAGGAAGAUUUUUUAGAAAUAGUAAACUGGGGUCGCUGGGAAAGGAGACAAUUUAAUCCUUUUCCAUCAGCUGAAGUGGAUGAUGAAAAGAUUAAAUUCUGUGGUAAAGAGAUCACAUUGGAGGUUUCUAAUGAAGAUCAACCCAAGAUUCAAUUGAUAUUGUUUCAUUAA